AGUCCUGUCCGAAUGAUUGAACCGGAAAGUGCCGAUAGUGGCGCAAAUUUUUUCUGUUUUCGUUGCUGGAAUGGUUGGACAGUAAUGACGGUGUGCACAACAUGUAAAAUAACGGUUAUUAUAUACAGACAGACAUGUGAUUUGCAUGCAUAAAGGCAUUAGAGGAGAGCGAGUUGUGAAAUAUAUGAGUUAAUGGCACAAAGUCAGUGGGGAAAACCACAUCAAUUUACAAACAAAUGAACAGUUAUGUAGUUAUAAGCAUAUGUAUGUACAUAUGUAUGUAUAUACACACGUAAUUGGAAUAUUUGCGAAAUCCAUAGAUCUAAAACUCUAUCAGUCACACAGUGUGGCUGACAUUGAUUUUGUGGCUUUGUGGCCAACUAACUCGCAAUAGUCGCAACCGCAAACUGCAGACGACGAUGACAACGAGCACGACAACGACAAUGUCUGUUGGCGGAAAUCGAAUCAUACACGACUUUGAAACUAAAGUAACAGGAUGUCAGCUUCAAGUGAAUGCUUGCCAAGUGUAAUGUGUGCGGUUCAGUGCUGAAGGACAUUAUCCUAUCAUACAUAUACAUAUAUGUACAUGUGUGCACGUGGGUGUGUGUAUGCCAGUUAUUAGUCGUGUGUGUUUACAUGUGGCGGCACUAUUAUGUGCAUAUUUAAUCUGUAGGAAAUUGUCAUAGUUUUGAUUGCAAUGGACACUCGAUCAGAAAUCGAUUGACAGCGGGAAAUUACAGCCGAACAUUCAUAUGUGCAUGCAAACAUACAGACAGACAGACAGACAUUUCGUUGCGAACGCAAUUAGAAUGGCAGUCAUUAGAGUAAAAAACGAUUAGUGGCAGGAAAAAAAUAAAUAAUAGUAAAUAAAAAAAAAGACAGAAAAAGACAAGAAAUAAGGAGAAAUCGAAAUAGAGAAAGAAAAAUUAAAUAGCAAAAGAAUACUGACAAACAAAAAAUACAAUAUUAAUUUAGCUUAUAGCCAUCGCCCGUUAAUAUGGGCUGCUCAACUUCUACGCCGGCCGUUAGCGAAGCAAACAGCAAAAGAACCUUGUCGGCUAACAAAGUGUGUGACAACGCCACGGAUUCGAAAUCGAAAAUGGGUGAUCAAGAAAAUAGUGGUGAAAAGGAUACAUAUCCCGCUUCGGAAGCCUACAUAAUACCGUUAAGCGAUGACACUGAGACGAAAGUUUACGCUGCAGGUGCUCCGGAAGCAGAGGACCUACUCGCUGCUACAGUGAAAAAGCAACCACCAAAACGCAUACAAGAAUUGAUGGAACAAGCGGCCGAAAAUGAGACGGCCACGCUAAAUCUACAAGAUUUGGAGGAGAAACUCGAAAAAGCGGAAGAGCGACGCAAGGAAUAUUUGCAACAAAAAAUUACAACAAUACAAAAGACAACACAAUUGCUGACACGUAGCGGCAGCAAGGAACUCUUAGAUAAACUGGAGGCAACACAAAUUUUUGAUGGCAAGGCAGCAGAGAAAGACAAUCCAGAUGACAAAGAGGCGGUGAAGAAGUAAAUAUUAUAGGCUUAAAACUAUCUUAUAUUACAAUCAUAUGCAUAUAUAUACGCUAUAAGUAAAGAAUUAUAUAACAAUUAUGAAAUAAAAUGUUUUUAAGAAAAAUGCGCCUAAAAUGCUGCUUCAAAAAUAAGAUAUUCAUUUUAAAAUAA